AUGAUUGAGGGCAAGACAGUGGAUUUUGUCUGUGUGGACUUUAGCAAGGCCUUUGACAAUGUCCUUCAUGGCCAGCUGAUACAGAAGUGGGAUCUGGUGUGCGAGAAACGGAGCUUGAACCAGGCAGCCACCAGCAUUUUCUUCAUCGGAGUGGCGUUGGGAGCUCUGCUCUUUGGCUACUUAUCAGACAAGUUUGGUCGCAGGAAAACCCUUCUCCUUGCCUUCCUGUUCACAAUGGUAGCUGGGACUUUGGCCUCCUUCUCGACCUCGUAUCCAAUGUUUGUUGUGUUCAGGAUGCUCUGUGGUGUCGGUUUAACUGGGAUUUCCAUCAUCUCCAUCACGCUGUCUGUCGAGUGGACUGAUGUGGAACAUCGAGCCGCAAUGGCCAUCAUUCCCAGUCCAAUGUGGAGCGUUGGUAACAUGCUGCUGGCUCUCAUUGCAUAUCUCAUCAGGGACUGGCGCUGGCUCCUCUUUGCAGUGACAAGUCCAUGUCUGGUCGCUGCUGCCUUAUGCUGGUGGAUCCCAGAAUCUGCCAGGUGGCUCCUGGCUAAUGGCAAAACUAAAGAGGCCCAGGUCAGCCUGCGGAAAUGUGCCAAAGUGAACAAGCGGCUUGGGAGUGACCUUGGAUUGUCUAGUGAGGUUCUCGACAAGAUCAUUGACAUUGAUGAAGGCCAUGACCAAUAUUGGUUCUGGCACCUUGUGAAGAGUCCUGGGAUGAGGAAGCUGACUUUCUGCACUGGGAUUAUUUGGUUUGGUACUGCGUUCUCAUAUUAUUCAAUCAGUUUCUCCAUGAACGAUUAUGGCUUUAAUGUGUAUUUAAUGCAAUUUAUCUACGGAGCCAUUGAGUUACCAGCAAAACUCAUCACUUACAUAUUGCUGAAAUGGAUUGGCCGGAGAUGCUGCCAAGGCUGGUUCCUCAUUUUGACCAGUCUCCUAAUGACUUUCAACCUCUUCAUGACUAAGGACCACCCAAUUCUACAGCUGGUAAUCGCAAUCUUUGCCAAAGGAAGUUCAGAGGCUGCAUUCACGACGGCUUUACUGUACACAGUGGAGCUCUUCCCAACUGUGGUCAGGUAA